CAAGUCGAAGCGCGACUCCGAGAAUUAGAUCAGUCAGAGAAAGAGUUGGUUAACACCUUUAAGCAGUGGAUACCAAAGAGGAAACUCACUAUGAAGAAACUGGAGGAACUAGCAUCCAAAUUACACGGGCAACAUAUAAUUGCCAGUAAAUCGACCAUAGGAGGUGCUUCCUUGGGCACCGUAGGAGGAAUCCUAGGGAUAGUGGGCCUGAUCGCCACGCCCUUCACUUUUGGGGCCGGGCUUGUGGUCACCCUCGUUGGCACCGGAAUCGGAGGCGUAGGAGGCCUGGUGAUGUCUAUUGCCAAAGUAAUCGAGAUGGCUCUCGAAAAGCUAGGAUUGAAAGAAGUUCAGAAAGCCAUUGACGAGGACAGGGAAGUUUGCACGCAACUGCAAGAAAAGUUGGCCAACCUUGAUAAGAUCAUCUCCGACCUAAGAGGAAUAGAAGGCAAUGGUUUUGAAUUUAUUUACAACGAAGCCACAAGGGGGUUUACGACUUCAAAUGAGAAGAAAACAGAUUUCCCCUUCAGGUUUUUCCGGGUGUUUGCGUCCGUGGCUUCGGUAGGGGCUGAGGCUGCCGCUGCUGCUGGUGCCUUCGCGCGAGCUGGCGUCUUCGCGCGAGCUGGGGGUUCGGCGGGAGUGCGCGCGGCCAAUUUAGCUGGAGGAGUUGUUGGCGCCGUGCUGUUACCUCUGGAUAUUUACAUGUUGGUGAAAUCGUCUUUAGAGGUGCAUAGAGGCUCGACUACGCAGGCUGUGGAUGACAUUAGGAAGUUACUGAGCGAAUUGGAAUGCCCAGAGGAAGACGAGAUUCCGGAGCUGGUACGGAUAUUCGUCACCAAGAAGCUAAUUGAGGUUCAAAAUGAUGGGGAUUCAAACGAAGAACAAAGAGACAACGGUGAUGACUACAGAGAAGCCAAAACUGUAGCGAUAUAG